AAUCCAAUGGCACCCCGUACAGCGCUCAAAACACUCGCGUAUCGACGCAGAAGGGCCGAUGGCGACGAAGACGAAGAGUCCGUUGCUGGCGUCGACGACUCUCAAAGCGAAGCCUCGGUGGCUAGUGACCUGGACCAUACAAUCGAUCCAUUAGAAGCGGAUGCCGACGCCAGCGAGUCUAGCGGCGCUGAGAGUACCGUAUCGUCACCACUCGAUUCAACUGCCGCUCAAUCUGUUGGGCCUGGGAAGACUGGACGUACACGCUCGAAGAAGGCCAAAGGCACAAAAACAGACAGGACGCCUUCGAACGGCAACGGCGACGAGCUUGUCAAACAGGAAUUGGUCACUGAAGAGUCUGUUGGAACUGACGUAUCGGCCCACGCGGCCGGUGCGCUCAUCGUCUCGUCCGAAAGUGGUUCAGCAAGAAGGGGAGAAACAGUAGCGGAUCGUCGAAGGCGGGAACACGACGACUACAGGAAGAAACGAGACACAGAUCCGACCUUCAUUCCCAACAGAGGCAACUUUUUCAUGCACGACGCUCGCACGUCAGACCAACGGGGCUUCGGCUCCUACGCUCGUGGCAGAGGGAGGGGGAGAGGCAUUCCCCAAGCUCCCAGCAGGUACCGAACAGCCGACGCGCCAUGGACACACGAUCUUCAUGAGACGGUCAACGAACGCGGCGUUCCACCUACUCGCCAACGACCAUCUCAAGGUUCCAGCAAUCACCCUGAUAGCGUCUCUCGAGGCGCCUCUGCAGUUCAGCAGAGGACACUGAACUUUUCCAAGACGACUCAGAUUGGCAGUGUGCAGAUCCGUGUCUGGCUACCUGGCAUGGCCGCCGCUAUACCUUUUGCUGCUGUUCCUGUGAAAUCACACACUCGACUGCCCGAUCACAGACCUCCUCUCCGCCGUGACAAGCCUGUUCGUGUCUCUCUUCCUGACCACCCUGUACGCUAUGUCUUCCCAGCCGCCGAGCGCUCCUUCAUCUUCAUUCCCAGAGCAUUGAGGCCCAACCAACAAGGCUUUGGCAAAGCAAGAGGCAGUUUUGGUGCAUAUGGGGCUCCAUCGAGCAGACGACCUAGUAUAUACGGUGGUAGUGUGUACUCACAGGCCAUGUCUAUGAGUCGCAGGUCCUCUCUGGCUCGUGAAGUGCCGAGAGACUCUGCCUUUUCCCCCACUGGCUCCUACACUGCUCGUGCUCCUGCUGGGCCCGGUCGACCAGUCGUACGCUUGCCCCAAGCUGGGUCUCAUCGAUCCUCAAAUCCUUCACCCGCCGGCUCUACUUACAGCCGUUCGUACCCUCAUUCUUAUCCUCGACCUCAGACGCCGGCCGUCGAACACUGGGCCGAGCCAGAUACUGUGCAUCAGCCUCGCCCGCAAAAGACCAUAUCUAUGACUGGGAUAGAGUCCNCCGCCGGGCUUGCUCUUCACGCUCCGCAGCAGCAAGAGCAACAACCAUUCCACAAUCAGUUGCCCCAGCACAUUGCAGAAGGUAGUAUCAGCACUCUGUCGGCAUCUUCUGAUAUGGGACCCCCUCUACUUGGCCCGCCAGCAUAUAUGUACCCUGGUGGCACACCACUCUCCAACAUUCCAGAGAGAGCUAUUCACGCACAACCGUUCCAGCCCCCUGCAUCUAAUUAUUAUUCAUCAUUCGCUCCCUCUGGAUACUAUUAUUCGGGCCAGCCCACGCAGUACGGUGCUAUGCCGUCCUUUGUCCCACCCNCAGCACAAGCAAACUAUGCGCCUCCUGAGCCGCCUAUGGCAAGCGACGCUCAGCCAGGAACCAUGGCGCAUGAGAGUAAUGGCAUGGUCUACUAUACGCAGAUGCCGCAAUAUGCACCUCAGGAUAACUAUCUUCAGCCACAAAGUUAUGCUGUUCAUGGUAUGGGUGGUAUGAUGACGCCCAGUCCAGAAGGUGCCUACUAUUAUGCAAAUGCCGGUCCGAUGUUCUACCCACAAGGUCAAUGA